AAUGAAUGUUACAGCAACCCAUGCCAAAAUGGAGGAUUGUGCAUUGAUAGAGUCAAUGGAUUUUCUUGCCAAUGUCCAGUGAACUGGCAGGGAACGGCCUGCUGGGAUGAUGUUAAUGAAUGUGCUGCCCAGCCUAGUAAGUGUAGUGCAGAAGCAAUCUGUAUAAACACUCCAGGAUCCUAUACAUGCACAUGCAAAGCUGGAUAUUAUGGAGAUGGCACUACUUGCAGAGACAUUGAUGAGUGCACACUGAAACAAAACAACAACUGUCAGCAACUGUGCUCUAACACGCUUGGUGGAUAUUUCUGCUCAUGCCAGAAUGGUUAUGAACAAGAUCAAAUAAGCACACAGAAAUGCAACAAAAUUGACUACUGUAAAAGCUCCCCCUGCAGAAAUGGUCAGUGCCAGAAUGGAGCCUUAGGCUAUACAUGCAGUUGCUACGCAGGAUGGAAGGGAACUAACUGUGAUACAGAUGUAAAUGAGUGUGAGACCAGUCCAUGUGCUAAGGGAACCUGUAGUAACACACUGGGAUCAUUUGUGUGCUCAUGCAUGCAAGGCUGGAGAGGACCUACUUGCAACGAAGAUGUUAAUGAAUGUCUUUCAAUGCCAUGUAAAAAUGGAGGGCAAUGCACAAAUACCUUGGGAAGUUACACUUGUUUGUGUGUACCAGGAUACCAGGGUGUAAACUGCGAUCAAGAUAUCAAUGAGUGCCUGAGUAACCCUUGCUGGAAUGGAGCCAGAUGCAAUAAUCUGGUCAAUGCUUUCUCCUGUACUUGUGUUCCUGGUUACACGGGAAGAUUCUGUGAAAUCGAUAUUAAUGAAUGUGCCAGCAACCCCUGCAGAAAUGGUGGAGUCUGCAUUGAUAGAGUCAAUGGAUUCUCUUGUCGGUGUGCAGUGAAUUGGCAGGGAACAUUCUGUGAUCACGAUGUAAAUGAAUGUGCUAUGGGGCUAAGCAGAUGCAGUGUGAAAGCGUACUGUACAAACACUUUUGGAUCCUAUACAUGCACAUGCAACAGUGGAUAUUAUGGUGAUGGAUUUACCUGCAAGGAAAAACGUCUGUUUGACUACAGAUCGGAUAUCAGAAUAACCCAACGUUUAAAAGAUUUUACCUCUCCAUUAGUUAGUGUUCCAAUGCGCUUUCCCUUUGGCUACUCAUUCUACAGCAAUUUAUAUUUCACAGACAAUGGGGUUAUCAUGUUCCAGCGUUAUUUCUAUGAGCCCAUGUACAUAUACAACUAUCCCUAUGGUUAUUUCUACAGCAAUGAUUAUUCUAGGCCUCCCAUGAUUGCAGUUUUUUGGGCGGAUGCUGAUAUGUCCCAAUCAGGGGAACUGUAUUACCAGACAUAUGACUUCCAACAAUCACCAUACUAUGAGACCUCAUUCAAAACGCAACUUGAAACUGAGAUACAAACCUAUUUUAAUAAACAAAUUACAGCCAGUUGGGCUAUCAAGAUCACAUGGGAGCAAGUUCGACCAUACCCAUCCUAUUACUUCACAACAGCCAAUACAAAUACCUAUCAAGCUGUGUUAGUCACCGACGGAAUCUAUUCUUUCUGCCUUAUCCGCUUUGAUGACGGAGGAAUGAACUGGAGAUAUGAAGCACUGCCUACAUAUUAUCUCCCAAAAAUGGGAUAUUUCAGUGGCGAGCCUAGACAAUAUAAUUAUGCCAGUUCCCCAGCUCUGCCAGCAUUCAAUGACCCUCAGACAUCCAGUGGUAACCUCCAAAUUAUUUACAUGCCAGACCAGUAUAAAGGAUACAAUACUAACAGAAAUGGAUACUGGGCUUAUCGACUUGAAGCUAAUUCAGUAAACACCAGAAACUCCUGGCAGCAGUGUCUCAGCUGGUAUUACAAUGAGCCAAAUCCAAACUGGUCCUUCUAUUCUCCUCCUUGUCCCUGCUCUUUCUGGCAAGCCAUAUUUGAUUCAUCAUUCACUUCAUCAAACAGACUAAAUGACUAUUAUUUCCCAAGGAAAAGCUCAGACAACUAUAUCAGCUUCCAGAGUGCAUUUUCUAGUUGGUAUGGAGGAGGCACAAGAUGUGACUAUUACUGGUCUGGAUCACUUAUCUAUGGAGAAAAAGAAAGAUUCUUGCCAACUCCUUGGAUAUAUGAUAAUUCCUUGUACUGGUGGUGGUAUCCUCAGUACCGAAACUAUUUUUGGUCUACAACAUUACCAGCGUUAAGAAGUCAAUAUCAAGCUAAUGAGGUGGAUCCUUAUGAAAACUGCUGUACAUUGGGAUCUUCCUAUCUUUGUGAUCUGUAUUCACAGAAGAGGCCUCGGGAUUACUGCUAUGGUUACAUCCCACCACGUAUAGGAUUUUUCUUUGGGGACCCUCAUAUUAACACACUGGAUGGAGUCAAGUAUACCUUUAAUGGUUUAGGUGAAUUUACAUUGGUCAAUGUUAAGAACGAUAAUGGUACAAUGUUCCUGCUCCAGGGACGCACAGCCAGAGCAGGGAAUAAUGGAACAUCUCAAGCACCCAAUUUUGUGGCACUGGCGGCAGAAAUAAACAAUGAAACUAUGAUUGAAUGGCAACUCUCUGACGAAAACACCACUUUUGUGAAGGUUAAUGGUACUGAAUUCCCAUUGACAGUAAAUAGCACAUCAUUGGGAAUGAUCACCCUGGAAAUCACAACUGAGAAAGAACUCAAAGCCUCUUUUGUUGGUGGAAUCUCAGUGGCAGUUACUGCAAAAUUUGGGUCUCUGAGUUUUGUAGCAACAUUGGAUUCUUCAUAUCAAAACAAAACAGAAGGACUUCUGGGUCAGUUCAAUGGGGAUGUUACAGAUGACUUAAUGUAUUCUUAUGGAACAAAUCUAAGUUACAAUGGUGUUAAACUUCCCAAUGAUUCUGCUAUCUUUGAGAUGGGAAUGACAUGGAAAACUACUCCAAAGAGCAGCAUUUUCAGCUACAACUCAACAAAUAAUGAAUCUUGGUACAGCUACAACAAUAAUAGCUUUGUGCCCCUGUUUUACAAUGAAUUGCUGCAGAUUAGAAACAAAACACUUAUUGACUCAGCAAAUGCAACGUGUAAAGGAAAUGAUGAAUGUAUAUUUGACAUCCUGAGCACUGGAAAUCUUGCAAUUGGAGAAGCCACGCUUGGUGUAGCAAACUCGGCUACAGCACAAGAAAGCAGCAUGAAUAAUUUCCCUCCAAAUAUAACUGGACCAAGCACAAUUUAUGGAACACUAAAUAAAGUACUGAUGGUGAACUACACAGUAACUGACCAGAACAAUGAUCCUGUGGUGUUGACUUUACAGACAAAUUCCAAGGAUAUAACAAUUGAUGCUGAUGGCACACUGUUAUGGAAUGCAACAAGCUUAGACCCAUUUAAUGUCACUAUCGAGGCAAAUGACUCUAAAUCAGUCACUAAUUUUAUCCUUACACUGGUGCUGUGUAAUUGCUCAAACAAUGGCGAAUGCCUCUUCAAUAAAAAUAUCAGUAUUCCGUAUUACGCUAAUUUCAAGAUGGCUGGAUGUAACUGUUCUGAUGCAUGGACUGGAAUUUACUGUGAAGAUGAUUUUGAUGGCUGUUUGGAAAAUCGAUGUUUUGUAAACAAUACUUGUAAUGAUACGAAAGCUCCUGAUAUAGGUUUUACCUGUGGUCCAUGUCCUUCUGGCAUGAUAGGAGAUGGAAUAGAUUGUUCUGAUAUUGAUGAAUGUUAUCUUAACAUAUCAAACUGUGAGCAGAUAUGUAACAAUAUCCCGAGAGGGUACAACUGCAGCUGUAGGGAAGGUUACACAGUGAGUGAAACCAACAGCUCUAAGUGUGAAGAUAUUAAUGAAUGUCAAAACACAACUCUUAACCUGUGUGGUGAGAAUACAGAGUGUACUAAUCUUCCUGGAAACUAUUCAUGCCAGUGCAAAGAUGGAUAUACUGGGGACCCUACUGUUCUUUGUGUUGGUGAGUACAAUGAACCAUUUUAUCUUUCUUUAUAA